AUGGCUACACGCAAAAAAACACUCCCCAUCUUCCCCUGCCGGUCCCACCCCCUGGCAUACCACCGGCCCCUCCUCCUAACCUCCCCAUCAGCCCGCGCCUCCCUGCUCACCUGGUACGACAAAACUUCCCACGCCCGCCAGAUGCCCUGGCGCAAGCCCUGGACGUCACCCUCGCAGCUCACCCGCGACGGUCUCGCGCAGCGCGCCUACGAGGUCUGGAUCUCCGAGAUCAUGCUGCAGCAGACGCGCGUCGCGACCGUCGUCGCGUACUGGACGCGGUGGAUGGCGCGGUGGCCUACCAUUUCCGAUCUUGCGGCGGCCCGGGAGGAGGAGGUGCUGGCCAUGUGGGCUGGGCUGGGGUACUACGCCCGCGCGAAGCGGGUGUGGCUGGCCGCGAGGGAGGUUUGUGAUCACCACGGAGGGCUGUUACCGGGAGAUGUGAAUGGGCUGAUGGAAGGGGUGCCCGGGGUCGGGAGGUAUACCGCGGGUGCGAUCGCGGCGAUUGUGUUUGGUCUGCCGGCGGCGAUGGUGGAUGGGAAUGUGCUCAGGGUUUUGAGUCGGCAGAUGGGGGUGCUGGGGGACGUGAAGGCGGAUAGGAGGGUGGUGGAGGUGCUGUGGGAGGCGGCCGAGGAGUUGGCGAAAGUUGUCGCGAGGGAUGGUGCUGAGGGCGAAGGGGAUGGUAAGGAACAGACGGAAAAACCGAGCGACCGGCCUGGAAGAUGGGGCCAGGCGCUGAUGGAGCUGGGGAGCACAGUUUGCACGCCAAAGCCGAACUGCUCGCUGUGUCCGAUUACCAAGACGUGUCGGGCUUAUGCCGAGGGAGUUGCCUUGGCUACAAAGGCGCGGGAUGUCGCGGGAGCCGAGGACGGGGAUAUUGAAGACACCUGCAGCCUGUGCGCGCCGUACCCCGAAAUUGAGGAGCAGCAUGGUGGUGAAGCGGUGGCUGAGGCAGCAGACCCCAAAUUGGGCGGGAACCGUGGGAAGCUGUCACGCUUCUUCGCAGCCACGGAGCUGGCCAAAGCAGACACGACAAAGGCAUCAAGAAUUCUCGACCCACGCACUUUGGAGAUCGUGGUCAACCAUGCCAGGAAGUUCCCUCUAAAGAAGCCUAAAAAGCAAGUACGCGAGGAAGAGACGGUUGUCUGCGCCAUCCGCCGCUCCUCGGACGGACGAUAUCUUAUCCACCGGAGACCGGAGAAAGGCCUCCUGGCUGGGCUGUGGGAGCUCCCGAGCCAUACACUGCCUGAGACGAAUGAUAGCACAAAGAAAAGCAGGCAGACAGAUGCGAUAACGUUCGUGUUAGGUCUGUUCGUCGAAAGAAGGGCCGAGCCGAAACAAGGGGGCUCGUGCACAGUUUCCUCUGGGAACUUCGAGGAGCUUGGGAGUGUGCCCUGGCUCUUUUCCCACCUGAAGCUGACCAUGCACGUCCAUCUUUUUGAGGUACAUGACGGCGCGGGUACAGUCGAACCAGGAGGGCAGUACCGUUGGGCAUCUGUCGAAGAGAUUGACAGGGAGUCCAUGGGGACUGGCAUGAAGAAAUGCUGGUCACUUGUCAGGGAAAGGAUGAAAUAA